GCUUUUAAGAAUUAAACGAAAACAAUACAGAGGUAAGAUUAAAAGAUAUUAAUUGGCGUCGAAGCAACAAACACGAAGUCAACGAAGAGGACACACAGUGAUUUCUUAACAAAUCGUUAAACUAAAAUAGAACUUUUCAACGCAAGUACACAUCAAAACGUUAUCAGUGUCCGUUUCGUGUUUGCACAUCGUGUAAGGUGUAGGUAAAAUUUACCCUUUGGUGAAUUUUUUCCGUAAACGCGAGAAAUUAAAUAAUGAUACCGGAAAACUCACGCGAAACUAUUAUUUCGGUCGAAUUCGAAGUGUUUGGAAAAGUGCAAGGUGUUUACUUCACGAAAUACUGUCGUGACAGAUGCGUUGAACUCAGCGUUGUUGGAUGGAUUAAAAAUAGUAAAAAAGGAACCAUUGUUGGUAAAAUGCAAGGAACCAAAAGUGGCGUCGAUAAAAUGAUCACCUGGCUGGCGAAAGAAGGAAGCCCAGGAUGUCGAAUCGAAAAAUGUGAACUGUCCAAUUUCGAGUACUUGGUGAAAAAAGAAUUCAAGGAUUUCAGUAUAAGAUUUUAACAUAAUUAUGCUCAUUAUUCGAACUCGUCUGUAUCUGUAUUCUGUAAAUAAUUCUUUGUAAAUGAGUAAUUUUAAGGGUACCUAAUUUAAAAACGAAUGUUAAUUUUAUAAAUUUCUAUCCAAUGUUGUUGUGAUAAAAAUAAACUAUACAGGAUUA